CAUAGCAGGCACUCCUCUGUGCUUCCUAACAUCGUUGCUGCUGUCUGACGCGACCUACCUACCCUUUCUGCGUACGUCGCGAGCCUCCCUGGACGUCUGGGAAGCCGUCUGACGCGUCUUAUCGCUUACGCUGCGGCAUCUCCCCCGGGCAGCCGACCAAUGGGCGUGCGACUCGGACGAUGACGACUCUGUACGCGCCGAUAAGCACCUUUAUCUCGCCUUGAAAAAACGCUUUUGACGGCCGGCGCACCUUCAUGCGCCAGUCUGGCACCGAGGAGCGCAGCGAAAGCAAGUCAAUGGCGGACUUCGUCAUCAGCUCACCGCUCGUCAAGUCAUUCCUCGCCGGCUCGCUCAGUGGAACAUGUUCCACGCUGCUAUUUCAGCCAUUGGACUUGCUCAAGACCAGACUACAGCAACCACACAUUCAUGGGGAAACCUCAAGGGUGGGUAUGCUGAAACACGUCGCCUACGUCGUCAAAAACGAAAGAGUCUUCGGUCUGUGGAAAGGCACUGUUCCUUCCAUUGUUCGCUGCGUUCCUGGAGUCGGACUGUACUUCUGCACCCUUCAUUUUCUCAAGACAAGCCUGCACCUCGACAACCCAAGCUCAAGCGAAGCCAUGUUCCUCGGUGCCAGUGCUCGGGCCAUAUCCGGUGUCGUGCUGCUGCCAGUCACAGUUAUCAAGACCAGAUUUGAGAGCGAGGUUUAUCACUACAGGACCAUGAGUGAAGCCACCAGAGACAUCUACAGAACAAGUGGUCUGCGAGGUCUUUACUCCGGUCUCGUUCCGACCUUGGUUCGGGACGCUCCGUAUUCGGGUAUCUACCUCGUCUUCUACGUGCAGGCAAAGCGCUUUGUCCCCGAAAGAGUGAAGGAAGGGAGCCACCUGGUUGCCGCCAACUUCACCUGCGGUGUGGUCGCCGGCCUGCUCGCCUCGGUCGUCACGCAGCCGGCCGACGUGAUCAAGACCCACAUGCAGUUGCAACCAGCCAAGUUCCAAAGCAUCCUCACUACUAUCCUCCUAAUAGCUAAGGAGGAAGGCGUGGUGGGGUAUUUCCGUGGACUGGUACCGAGGAUGCUGCGAAGGACACUGGUCACCGCCAUGGCUUGGUCAUUCUAUGAACAGGUUACCAAGGGAUUCAUCAAGAAAUGAACCAAGAAAUCAGUCUUUCAGUGUGCUGGAGCCAACAAAAGAAAAAAAAGUCGUCUUGCGAUCUUUCGUUCUAGCGAUGACAAUCCUGCAUGGCACCUCAGGGCCAGAUUUCAUGCAGAGUCCCCGAUACACACUAGGGUUCCUCAAUGUAGAUACAUCUCUCACUGUUUGUUACUCAGUCUAGUCAUUUGUGCUUCAAGCUUGUCUUAAAGGUCGUCAGUUCAUGCAAACAGUGUUGAGUAAGAUCUGUGAUUGAACUUAACCCUUUAGUUAUAAUGGCUGCACACUUUGGGACAUCAUUCUGUCGCCCAACGAAAAUUGUUGCCCAAGUCACUUACGGUUCUCUUUCUUGAAAACCCCGUGCUUGCUACUUUCCUGUUAAGAUUGCUACGCCACUUUGAAAACACGUGCACUUCUUGUGAAUGAAAGCUAUGACGUGCGCGGCGUUAAGAUGCAACAAAGACGAUUGUCAUUGUGACAGAAAUAUGUCCUAGAGGGUGUCACUCUUUUCACAAUAAACACAGUUCAUGACGAGGUCGCUCAUUAGGUAGUUCCUAAACUGAUUUUUGAGGGUUUUGGUGGCUUGUAUUGUCAUGUUCCAUGUUCAUUCCAAUUACCAUGCCUCGAGCACAGCAAGUCCCUUGGCUUUCUUUUCAUGGCUUCGUUAUAGAGUGGCUCACUUAAUUGCUUGCUCAUUUACAAACUAAAGAUAUCACUUAUUCGCCAGCCAUGCGAAUCCCCCUUUUUUUAAAGCUGCGGUCAUUCGGAGCAUCGUGGUGGCCACAAUUAUACUGCUCUCGGGCUUGGUGGGGAACAUGGAGUGAGCAUUUUGUAAUGGUUGAAUGUGAACAUGCGCAAGAAAUGUUUUUCCUUGUUCUCCGCAACGACUAAGCACACUUCUAUCCACGGGGGGUUGAAUUAUUCGUUAAAGCGUGAUCUCUGCUCGUCUCUUGCGAUGUUU